AUGGCCCAUGUGCAGAGGGAAAUGGAACUCAAGCAAAGCCAGGUUUCGAGCCGUCCUAUCGCGGCUGAAAUAGGAGACAAUUUUUUGAAUCGCCUGAACAAAAGACGUUAUGGGGAUCUCGGAGCCAAUGCGUUUUACUUCCUUUCUGGUUUGGAUUGGGAGAUAGAUGGCGAUGUAGCGGCAAAGAAAAUUUCGGCUGUGGAUGAUGGUGAGGAAAUUGGAAGGGAGAUAGUCUCAGAAGAUCAGCCAGUAGCAGAGGUACCACCGCCUCCGAAAAAGAAAAGGAAGCCCAAACCGAAGCCGCCUACUGCUGAACCUCCUCCUUCAAUCGAUGAUGCUGCUAGUGAAUGUUCAACUAAAAAAGUCUCGUCGUCCAAACAACGUCAAAAAGUGAAAGCACCCAAGCGUACUAAGGGUGGAGCGAAAGCACUUCCAGAAGCUGAACAGCCAGAAAGUUCAAAUCCUCCUGCGGUCGAGAAAGAAAUUACAGAAUCGGACAGAGUACAAUCGACUUCGUCAAGAAAACCUACUCGACCACCUGUGGACGCCGAAUUUGAAGCUGAAAUGAAACAAAUCGAAAAGUUGCUGGACGAUAGCCAGAGCCAGCGAGCCAAGGAACUUCUCGGAUGA